GACAUUAUCAAAACAUGUUUUUUGACGAAAAAAUCCCCUUUGUUUGAUGAGCUUGCAUGAACUGUAUAAGGGUUAUCCCAGGUCACCAUCUCUAGGUACCCCGUUUUAUUUAGGAUAUGUCGAAGUUUCGAUAAAACCAACAACACGAUGUUUACGAAAACCAAACGAGUGAAGUUCAGUCUCAAGGGGAUCGGAAUUAAAAAGCCGGAGGGAGUAGCAGGCUCAUCUGCCUUUGCUAUUCUCGUGGGCCUGUUUGUGGCAUUCGGUGGAGUGCUUUUCGGAUACGACACCGGAACAAUCGGUGGCAUCAUAACCAUGCGCUAUUGGCUGGAUACCUUCUCUACAGGAUACAUUGAUCCCAAAACUGGUCAACUCGGCAUUACUUCUAGUGAAUCAUCCUUGAUAGUAUCAAUCCUAUCUGCGGGAACACUCUUUGGUGCUCUAUUUGCUGCACCAGUUGCUGAUUGGACGGGAAGGCGCAUUGCACUUUGGAUUGUUCUAUGUGUUUUUGCCUUUGGUGUCAUAAUGCAGACAGCUUCAGUUGAUAUUGCGUUGUUUGUGGCAGGAAGGUUUUUUGCUGGGUUUGGGGUUGGUAUGGUUUCGAUGCUAGUGCCUCUCUAUCAAUCUGAAACGGCACCGAAGUGGAUUAGAGGAGCUAUAGUGGGUGCCUAUCAACUUGCCAUCACAAUUGGAUUGUUACUUGCGGCGGUUGUUGACAAUGCUACCAAAGAUCUCGACAAUACCGGAUCAUACAGAAUCCCAAUUGCAGUUCAGUUUGCCUGGGUUCUUAUAUUAGGGACGGGACUUAUCUUCCUCCCCGAAACACCUCGUUAUCUGAUUAAACGUGGCAGACACGAUAAAGCGGCAAAGUCGCUUGGUAGACUUCGAAGACUGGAUAUCAAUGAUCCCCACUUGGUUGGCGAGCUUCAAGAAAUCGAGUCCAACUAUGUUCACGAGCAAAGUUUGGCUAAGGGAUCAUCAUAUCUACAAUUCCUAAAGUGGAAUACUUUGGGCAAAAGACUUCUAACAGGUUGCUGCCUUCAAGCUCUUCAACAGCUAACUGGAAUAAACUUCAUUUUCUACUAUGGCACUUCAUUCUUUGCCGCCUCCGGAAUUAAAGAACCUUUCGUCACGAGUAUGAUCACAUCAUCCGUCAACGUCUUCUCCACACUUCCUGGCCUCUAUCUCGUCGAAGCAUGGGGCCGACGUCGUCUCCUCAUUUUCGGCGCUCUCGGAAUGUUCGCCUGCCAAAUGAUAGUCGGUAGCGUCGGCACCGCCUUCCCCAACGGAGACAACAUCGCGGCGCAAAAAGCGCUCGUGGCAUUCGUAUGCAUCUACAUAUUUUUCUUCGCCAGCAGCUGGGGACCCGUAGGCUGGAUUAUCCCGGGAGAGAUCUUCCCACUCCCUGUGCGCGCGAAAGGGAUUUCCAUGACGACUGCUUCGAAUUGGCUUUUGAACUGGGCAAUUGCGUAUUCGACGCCUUAUUUGGUGAAUCCUGGACCGGGGAAUGCGAAUCUGCAGGCGAAGAUUUUCUUUGUGUGGGGCGGUUGCUGUUUGUUGUGUGCGGUGUUUGUGUAUUUUUUGAUUUAUGAGACGAAGGGGUUGAGUUUGGAGGAGGUGGAUGAGUUGUAUGAGAGUGUGGGGAAGGCGUGGAAGAGUACGCAUUGGGUGCCGGUGGAGGGGUAUGGGAGGGAGUGGAGAGGAGGGGAGAAUGGGAAUGGGGCUGGGAAUGGGGCUGGGAAUGGGACUGGGAUGGGGAAUGAUAAUGGUGUUAUGGCGCGGGGAGGGGCGACGUCUGCUGAGCAUAAGGAGGAAGUUGCUUGAGCAAGAAGAAUUACUGGAAUUUACUUGAAUGAUGCACGAUGCUGGAGGUUCUAAUGACGCUUUGGAAAUGUUGUAUUGUAUGUAUUUUUGAUUGUCAUGUUGAAUGAUUUAGGUCACUCGUUCUUUCUUCCCUUGAUGGAUAUAUGUAUUUUACACAUUACAUUUCUGCUUACAAUGAGGCAACAAUCCCAUUCGUGUCGUUUGAUAUUUUUGAUACUAUCUAUUCAAGCAAGAUCCGAUCUGUCCGUAUUCGUUCGGCUCAAUCAAAAGUUCAGCUAAGAAACCUUCUCUUUCUCCCGCGUCUUGACUUGCGUAACUAUUUAACCAGUCAACCAAUGACGUGUAAAUACCUUGGUUCCAAGACAGAAACUCA